AUGAGUGCGGGUUUGAGCCUCGAUUCAUCCAUAUUACUCACUCAAACAGUUAGUCAAACUAGCCCUGAUACUAGACCUUUUUCAGGGAAAUAUGUAAAUGAGAAAUCACCUGGAAUAUAUAGAUGUGUUGUCUGUAGCUCAAAACUGUUUAGCAGUGAAGCGAAAUUCUUCUGUAGUUGUGGCUGGCCUACAUUUAACAGUCCUAUAGAGUGUAACUCAUUGACCUCAUCCAUUGAUUUGUCAUCAGGUGAAGUUCGUGUAGAAGUUUCUUGCAAGGGAUGCAAUGCUCAUUUAGGACACGUGUUUGACGAUGGUCCGAAACCUACAGGUCUUCGUUAUUGCAUUAAUUCUUGUGCUCUAAUUCUUGAUUCUGAUAUUGGUAGCUCAUCUGGUUUAAAUUUGCCAACUGCUUGA